UCUGUUUUCUCUUUUUUUUCUUUUUCUGAUAAAUAAAAAACAAAGACGAUCACAUUUUCUCCAAAGCGUAGAAUCAAAGCAAAGCCAAUGGGAAAAAAAUCUCUAAUUCCCACUAAUGUUUUGUUUACAUAUAUAUAUAAACCAACAACGUAAACAUAUAUUUUGGUUGUAAACACAAGAAAGUAUGCAGAGAAGAGAGACUGGUGAUGAAAACAGUGGGGUUUGUUGCCGGCUGAUAAGGUACGUGGUGGUUAAACUCAUGUCGGGUCAGAAGGAAGAAAAGUCUGUGAAGAAGAAACUGAUCAAGAAGGGAUCAAAUUCGGAUAUCACAAUCCACUUCAAGGAAAGAGAAGAUAACGCUGCUAAUGCCAUCAAUACUAGCUCUAGAUCAGAGAGAGAGAGGGUGAUCAUGCUGGUCAAUGGUGGUAGUGACGUGAAGAGCGUAGCGAGUGAAGCUAGCUUUGUGCGACCUCAUGCUGCGGUGGUGGUAGCUAAGCCUGAAGAUGUGAGGAGAAGAUCACAACCAAAGCCAGUUUCGAUUGAUAUUGAUAAGAAAUCAGAUGCUUUCAUUCAGAGUAGACUCGAGAUGAUGAGAAAAAGGCUUUAGCCUCUCUCCUUAGAACCAGAGAUACACACUGGUGGUACUCAUAUAAUAUGCUGUUGUUAUCCAUAAAUUCAUUUUUUUUUUACUUUACGAAAACAAAUACUGUAUUUAUUCUUGAUAAAUAGUCUAUCUACUCAUUCGUAUACGUGUGUAUUCUGACUAUGUACUAUUGCCAGUUUAUUUGAAAAUUUACUUUACGAAAACAAAUACUUUGCCAGUUUAUUUGAAA